UGAGCACAAUAUCAAAAUCUGAUUAAAAAAACUUAUUCCCAAUCCGAACAUAUAGUAAAAAUUGCAUCUUUAAUGGGUAACACAUGUUAAUUCAAAAUUCAAACCUUUAUUAAAGAGAUCAAUUUGUCAAACAUAAAUAACUAUAAGGGUCAUUCAGUAAUAUUGCAAAUUAUAAGAAAAAGAAGCAUAAAAUGAUUUUAACAAUAAUAAAACUGUGUAGGUGGAGGAACAGAAUCACAAUAUUUUCCAGAGAGAAAAUCACGGAAACCGACGAAGAUUCUCUAUCUACAGAUGGUACAUUCGAAAGGGAGAAAUAGAUCUUAAGAAAGCUUAAAACAUGGAGACUUUAAACUUUCUUUAAACUCCCACGCAAGAAGAUCCGUUUUCAUCUCAGAAGCAGAGGAAAAAUGUGUAGUAACAUAAGCAGUGGAAGCUAUGGAGGAGACAGAGACUUCUUACAACGAGAUGAUUACUUUGGUUCUUGUCCGAAAAAACAGAAGAAAGAUAAAGUACGACGAAGAGGACCUGGUGUCGCCGAACUCGAGAAGAUCCGUUUAGAAGAAGAGAACAAAACUCCUUCUCUUGUAACUCCACAUUCUUCUUCUUCUUUAUCAUUACCAAGAACCGAUCACACUCUCUUUUUUCCUCCUCCUCCUCCUCCACAGCUUCCUUUGCCGUCCUCUUACACCACUAAUCAUAUUUUCCGGUGGUCACCGGCGACGGCGAUGCCUCCAAACUUUGAUUUGCCGUUGUCGUCUUACCUCUCGAACGGAUCUUUCCCUAUGGAUAUGAUUCCCCCAGUGCCGUUUUUGCAUAGGAAGCAGCAUUAUCCGAAUCAUCAGACGAUGAAUCUUGCGAACCCAUCUCCAGGACCAGGAAGAUUAUACCAGUUCAUAGAGCCCCCUUCAAACCAAAGAUCUUGCGUCGAUAAUGUCUCUCAGAUUCUUCAGGAAGAAGAAAAGGUUGUCAUGAGUGCGAAGAGGCCGUGGCAUUUUCUCGCAGACACCACCACGAAAGCUAGCGUUGGACCAAUCUCAAGGGAGUUGAAACAUAACCGGUCGUUGGAUAUGAGAUUGAUAAAUCCGGUCCAAGAUUCCGGUACAACGAUUUGCAACCCUAUCUCCAUUGAUUCACCUACCUCCAUUACGCGUGAUUUUAACGUACAGUAUGAACAACAGCAACCAGAACAAGACUUUGAUGAGAACAUGCAAUGGAGAAGUAAGAAGACUUUCUAUAGCUUCAUACCCUCUAAUGAUCAGAGCAAUAUUGGACGAGAAUACCGAGCCUGUGAGCCACAUGAAUCUGCCGCUGAUCAUGGCAUCGAUCUCAGCCUUAAGUUAUAAAGAUUUUAAUUUGCAAGAUACAAAAAAAAUCACUAGGUUAUCUGUAUUAUGUAACUUUGGAUAUAUUAAUUAAAUUCCAUGCAACUAGAUUAGUUUGUGCUU